GGUAUCAACGCAGAGUACGCGGGCAACCCAAACCUUAAUCAAUCUACAACUUUACAGUUAUCAAUGGCGGAAGGAGAAGAAACCCAGACGGAAGUCGUUCAAUCAGGAUUACCAGCCGGUAGAGUGAAACGAAUUAUGAAACUGGACAAAGAAAUCAACAAAAUCAACUCCGAAGCCCUGUUUGUAAUCUCGAGCGCGACCGAACUUUUUGUCAAGUUUUUGGCUGAGAAAUCAUCGGAGGUCGCAAUUGAGAAGAAACGGAAGACGAUAAAGUUGGAGCACCUGCGAAUCGCGGUGAAGAGACACCAGCCGACCGCUGAUUUCCUUCUCGACUCACUUCCUAUGCCACCGCCGGCUCAGAUCCCAACCAAAACAGAUCGUUCUCGCAGAAGCAGCGAUAAUGACUCUGUUCCAGCCGGCACUCGUCGGAUAGACAGUUUCUUCCAGAAAGGUCCCUAGGGUUUUGUAAUUGGUCAGUGCUUGCUGGUAGGAGUUGUUUGUAUCUAUUCCUUUUAAAUUAAAUCACCAGAACCAUAUUAGCCUUUAAGAUCAUUGGAAUUCGCAAUUUGAAUUGGAGAUGUCAAACGAUCCGCUACAAAUUCUCCAAUGGUUCGAUCCUGAUAGAUCAAGUUAUUGCUAGCAGAGCUUUUCAAUCCAGCUGUUUCUUAAAAUGCUAAAAUGUAGAUACGUUUUCCUGUAUUUAGCAGUAACUCUAAA